AUGAUCGCCGCCGCUGCCCAGGAGCAGGAAGUCUCUCUGACUGCUUCAACGCCGCCCCGCGAGGAGAAGAUCGCGCCUACGACGUGUUCAGAAGCUGUAGAGCAUGAAGAUAGAGCAAGCGCUCCAACUCCAACGUCUCUGUGCUUACCCCAUGGCCCUGCAUGUGGAGCGGCAAGCGGGAGUCAAAAUGACGCAAUAUUCAUUCCCUCUGACUCGGAGUCGGAGUCGGAGUCAUGUGAAGCAGACGAAGACGUUCCGUCUCUCAGGGCGCUUAAUGCGCUCAUCGACAAGGGGACUACAACAAAGCCUAACAGCACCUCGCCAGAGGUAGCAAAACGAACGUCAAAACUAAUUGCUGUGGCAGCACCAACGAUGCCAACUGUGCCCUAUACACCACGAGCCGUUAUAUCAAGUCUCAAAGUGGAUGACGACCUGGAUGGUGCUGUACAACACUCACCUCCUCCUGCUUCACUCACCACCUCGGCCCCCCAACGGCAAGGGCUUAGGAAUGGGCUAGACUCCAGUCGGUGCUCAGCGAGUAUAUCCACUGCCGAGGCAGCUGAACAGGAUCAUGAGCAGGCAGAGGACGCAAAUGAGCCACUGUCGAGCCCUUGUGGCAAUCAUGGACCGAGCGGCCCUGCCGAGCUGCCGCGGCAGACUCAGCCACAUGAGAGUGGCAGCCAGAACGAUUCAGCCUCUAUCGACGCCGACGGCAACACCGCCGAUGAUGGCGACAGACACAGCUCUCGCGAUGCCGAUAGUGACAGUAGCAGCGACCGCAACAGCGGUAGUGACGGCGAUGACGUUGACGAUGACUAUGACGAUGACGGCAGCCCAAGCGAUACCGACGGCGAGGACGGCAGCCACAGCAAAAAGCGCAAGACGGGCCGCUCGCCUUCAGUGACCGGUUCUGACGAUGGUCAUGCUGACGGCUUUCCGUCCGAUGACAAGACAGAGGAGAUUUUCCGUCCUUGGUCGCACAAACGCCAGAAACUCGCCCAUGACAGAGAAGACACGACGCCUGUCCGUCGCCAGAACUCGAUGCCUUGCUCUGCAGGACGCCUGUCGCAAUCGCCUCGACGGCCCCAGACAGCCAGCAUGCUUAGCCCACCAGCCUCUGACAGCCUGUCCGAAUCUGAGAGCGAUAAGGGUUCGGAAUGCAGCAAGGCGUCAGCAGCAUCCUUCGGAGAGUGGCUGUUGCAAAAUGCCGCAUUAAAAUGCGUGACUAUUGAUGGGGUCACCACGUAUCAACUGCAGUUCCAACGAGCGCAGGCGCACUCUUGCGGCCGACAGCGAGAAACGCGACCGCACAGACUAGUCAGGAGCAACAAACGAGGUCGAAAACCAAGGGAUGAGACGAAAGGCCGGCGAUGUGGUGUGUGCAACCGGCCUGGCCAUAAUGCGCGAACGUGUCAGAAGGGUGUGCGAACAUCUAGCGAAGACAGCAGCUGUGAGUCUUAA